GGAAUAGUCAAGAUGGAGUUGAGUUAGGUCAGGUUAGGUCUAGAUAGCUCGUCUGACGGACGUCAGACACCAUUUUGUGACAUUUUUGCGGUUAUUGUGUAUUGUUGCACCAGCUGGUCGCGCUAAUUCUUUGAAACUCGAAGGUACAAAAUGUCACGCUAUCGUGAAUGGGAUCUGUCCUGUAAGGUCUACGUUGGUAAUCUAGGUAGCAGCGCUAGUAAACACGAGUUGGAGGGUAAGUUCAGUAAAUAUGGUCCACUGAGAAAUGUAUGGGUAGCUAGAAAUCCACCUGGUUUCGCAUUUGUGGAAUUUGAGGAUCCACGAGAUGCUGAAGAUGCAGUGAGAGGACUAGAUGGAGUACACUUGUGUGGCACAAGAGUGAGAGUAGAGAUGUCUUCUGGGAGAAGUCGACGAGGCGGUGGUGGUCGCAGACCUGGUCCUAGAUAUUCCAGGUCCCGAUCGCGCAGUCCUCGUAGGAAAUCUCUGGGUCGUUAUCCGAGAUCUUGGUCGAGAAGUCCACAAAGAUUGCCGAUUAGCCGCUAUUCCAGGUCGAGGUCUCGCAGUCCCCGCAGGAGAUCAUUGACACGAAGCCGCAGUCGAGAUCGCCGUUCGCGUUCGGAUUCCCGCGACAGACGUUAGAUGCUAAAAGUUCAAGAGAGGGAGAAAGAAAGGAAUGAAUCGAUUUUAUGUGCCGGACGGAAGAUAGGAAGAAAGAUAAAAGAUCGAGCGAGAGACAAUUUUGUAUGUACAUACAUAAUGAAAAUUGUUAAUUAUUCAUAUAGAGACACACACACACGCUCACGUUCGGAAUUAACAAAUGUCACGAUAAAACAAAAAAAAAAAAACAAAAAAAACGACGAGUUUGGUGAAUUACACGAGUUUAGUAUAAACUAUAUUCUUUUCAUAAGUUUCACUAUUAUAUAUGUAGCUCAUAAUUACAUAGAUGGAAUCAUCAUACUAUUGCUUCUGUGGCACAUCUAUGCAUACAUACAUCUAUGUACAUAACAUCAUGAUAAUUGCAUACACCUGAUUGAAUAAUUAAUUGUCUCAAAGUAUACUAUUUACGGUAUGCUAUUUAAAUAAAUCUGAUCAUUACUUUUGUGAGAUUCGUAAUGAUUAUUAUUGAUAUUUAUCGGUUGUAAUAAAUAUAUAGUGAAAAUAUAAGAAGGGAACAAACAUUUAUUUUUGACAUAUGAA